GGACGCGGUGAGCUGAGGUCCGGUUGCCAGGACGUAGUCCGGGUUUGGAGACGGUCAGAACAUGGUGGGUGUUGGACAGAAGAGCUAAGAGGCGCUCUGGUCCCGCUUACUUCUCACCGAAUCAGCACCGCCGCUUGUAGAACCCCUGCGCGCGCUGCUGCUGCCGCGGCUUCACGUGGGCCAUGGGUGACCUCCGCCGGUGUGCGCCGGACUCGUGACGGUGCUGAAGAUGUGGACCGAUCCCCGUCUGGUUUGUCUGCAGGUCUUCUGCAGCAGUCUCCGCAGCUGUUGUGUGAAGAGACGCGUGGUUGUUGGACUGCGGAGGAAGGAAGUGGACAUCCAGCAUCCAAGAUGCUGCAGACCAGCCUCACACCACAGCUGUCUGCUGUACACGAGACCCUACUCAACACCCGGACCCCCCCGGAGGUCAACACCCGGACCCCCCCGGAGGUCAACACCCGGACCCCCCCCGAGGUCAACACCCGGACCCCCCUGGAGGGUUUUAUUUUUUGGCACAGAUCAUUUUGCCGUGGAAUCCCUAAAGCGUCUGACAUCUGCCAGGAGUUCCAGUGAAAGGAUAGUGGAAUCACUUGAAGUUGUCUCUCUAUCCAGUGACACCCAAGUGAAAAAAUUUGCUGACCAGAACCAACUCCCAGUGCACCCAUGGCCCCCUGGUGAUGUGUAUGGGAGGUUUGAUGUUGGAGUUGUGGUGUCUUUUGGCUGUUUGCUCCGGGAGAGUCUAAUCAACCAGCUUCCACAUGGGAUUCUGAAUGUCCACCCCAGCCUGCUCCCAAGGUGGCGAGGCCCAGCCCCUAUUUUCCACACUAUCCUGCAUGGAGACACUGUAACAGGAGUCACCAUCAUGCAGAUACACCCCAGGAGGUUUGAUGUAGGUCCCAUUCUCCACCAGACUGUCUAUCAGGUUCCAGAGAACUGUACUGCAGAUCAGCUGGGAGCUACUCUGGCCACUGAGGGCGCACAGCUGCUGAUUGAAACUUUGAAGACACUUCCUGAGAGAAUCGCAAACAGACGGGAGCAAGGUGAGACAGGCGCAACAUUAGCCCCCAAAAUUAGAAGUUCUUUGAGCUGGAUAGUGUGGGAGGAGCAGACUUGUGACCAGAUCAGUCGUCUCUAUCGUGCUAUUGGAUCCCGGAUUCCACUGAGAACUAUUUGGAUGGGCAAGACAAUAAAACUUAUGGACUUUGUUGGGAAUUGUCAAGUUUCUAUAUCAGGUCACGGGAGUGCACCCAUCCCAGGCUCAGUUAGAUAUCUGAGAGAGAGAAAUACCUUGGCUGUCUGCUGUAAGGAUGGCUGGGUGGGGUUUAAGGCAGUGGUGCUGAAGAAAAGACUAUCAGCAGCAGAUUUCUACAAUGGAUACCUGCACCAAAGUAGAACGAAGAAGCCUUCCCAUCAGAAUCAGGAGUGCCGGUUUCUCAGUAACAGAACUGAAGCGUACCAAAUGACAGAAUGCACUGACACGAGAGCACACCAUCCCAUGACUUGUACCACGUAGGCCAUGAAAUGCUAUU